GUUUGUUUGAUGAGAUUUUUAAUCCUCGUUCCAUAGUCAUCGAUAUUAACAGAUCUUAACUUAUCGAAGAUGGGAUCUCUAGAACCUUGCAUUUACAGAGUGUCAAGCGCAAUUCGUCAAGCGAAUCCUGGAGCCUAUACACCUCAGAUGGUCCUCAUCGGCCCCCUUCAUCGUUCUCCCAAAUUGCGACCGAAAUCUUCUAAGGACGACGAUGCCGGAACGAGUAGCGACCUAAUGCAUUUUAAAAAAAAAAAAGGAAAAAACUGUAUGAAGAUGGAGCACGAAAAGAAGACGUACGUCGACUCUUUCGAGAAAAGAGUCGGGGAAGAAAUUAUUAAGGAAAUGAAGAAAACCAUACAGGCCGAAAAAGAAAAUAUUAGGGAAAGCUAUGCGGAGAAGGAUGUAAUUGACAAAAUGGCUGAAUUUUUCGUGGAACUUAUCUAUAAGGAUUCAAUAUUCAUCAUGGAGUUCAUUAUGAAACUUUAUGAAGGUCAUGGAAGUUCAGAAAGUCUAAUUGUGAAACACCGUAUCGACAGUUCAAGAGUGAUAGCAGAUCUCAUGUUGCUGGAAAAUCAACUUCCCUAUUUCAUUUUGGAUCGAUUGUUCAGUCCCCAUUUAGAGACAUUGGGUAUAUAUAAGACUCUCGACCGAGUCAUCCUGGAAUUAUUUUCCCUGCACACGAAGGUCAAAAGAAAUACAACCUUCAAGCAUUUCACAGACAUGUUCCGGUGUGCUUAUGAGGAAUCGCUUGACAAAACUCCAAGCCUGACGGACUUAAGUGGGCCAGCUAUCGCAGAGAUGCAGAACGCGAGUAACCUAUCCCGUGUAGGAGUGGAAUUCAAGGUAAAGUUUUGCAUCUUCUAUUUUUUAGCAGUUAAGGAUUUUUGGGUUUUGUUAUUUCUCUUGAUAAGGCUUUCGUUUGAAUUAUGAUUCACCUCUGAGUUUCUUCUCUACCCUUUUCUUGUUUAGGCGUACAAUCUCUUAAAUUCCUCACAACAAAAUAGUAUUCAC